AUGCCGACGACACGGACUCAGCGAUCAACGCCAUCGCGCAAAAAGUCAUGCCUGCAGUGCGCCAAGUCCAAGGUCCGGUGCGGCCUGGAGCGCCCGUCCUGCCAGCGCUGCGUCGCCUCGAGCCGCCGGUGUACCUACGCCACGGAGGCGCCGCCAUCGCCCACGAUCCGAGCGGCGGCGCCGGCGAGCAUCGCAACGCCCGCGUCGCUGUCUACGGCGUUUACGGAGCCGUCUGAUGUGACGGUGGUUUCUGAAAGAGAACCUCUGCCGACACUGCCGCCUCUGACUCAGGCCCAGGUGCCGGUUCAGGCGCGCGACGAGACUCUGAACUUUGCCAGUGUCGACCUUGUCCCUCUAGCAGGGGCGGACCAGAUCCGCGACCGCUGGCUACGGCCGUUUCUGGCUGUCACCGGCCAGCAGGAGCUACCGAAGGCGUUUCAUCCGUACACACUGCAGUACAUGAGCUGCGUGCUACGUACAUAUCCGAAGCAGAUGGCCAACGACAGCGUACCUCCCUUCAUCCAUCCCACACAAAUGACGACUGGGCACGUUGCGUUGGCCAAUUGCUACAGCCUGGUGCGGCUGUGGCAUCACCGCGCCGCUGGCAGCGAGGCGAUUGUCGCGGACACGGUGCAGCGGGAGAUGGAUCGGCUGGCACAUGGCCAAACCUCUGGCGACACUGAGCAACUGGCUGCGUUUCAAGCCUAUCUCACCUACUGCAUCAUGGCCUACUUUUUCCCCAUCUCGGGGAUCCCGCUCGUCAACGACGCGACCAUGGUUACUCUCCAAGAAAUGGCGUUUUGCGCCGCACAGGGCGGCCUCGUCACAACGGCGGAGCUGGCAGGGUCGCGCCCGGCCUGGGAGUCUUGGAUCGUCGCCUCGGCCAAGCGCAGGGCCAUGUUUGCGUUUUACCUCCUCAGCAGCGUCUACAACGCGGACAACAACGUUCCCAACUUUCUCGCAGAGGAGCUGCGCGGUGUCUUCGCGCCGGAUGCGAAGCGUGUCUGGGAGGCGCGGACCCGCGAGGAGUGGGAGCGCGAGUAUGCCCGGCACCUGGCACUGUGGCCGGACGGGCCGCUCAAGAUUUCGGAGCUGUGGCGGUCGCCGGAGACGGGGUCGGAGCGGCGGAGGGAGAGGAUCGAUCGGUGGGUGCAGAUGACAGACGAGUUUGGGAUGAUGCUCUUUGCCGUCUGCGUUCACUUGCACGGGUACUAG